AAGAACUGCAGGUUCUGUUGAGUGAUGUGAUAUCCGCCUUCCUCUCACAUACCAGAACAUACUCCCUAAACACCCGCUUUAACCCUCCUCAACAAUCAGAUUUUGUAAUGAACACAUUAUAAGUCCGACGUCCCAGCGGUUCAUGGUUGCUUCACUGUCAGAGUUAGUUUGGUCUGGAGAUUUCCUUUGAAUGGGUUGAACUCAUGAGACUUUUUUUCCCCUUUGAUUUGGGCCCAUAAAGAACGGCAUUAAAGGUGGUUCGCAGACCCCUUUGUGUUAAAACAUUGUGCCUGUGUAAUAAACAAAGACAGCAGCACCCACAAUGCCACUUGGAUUGGGACGCAGAAAGAAGGCGUCUCCGCUGGUGGAGAACGAGGAGGCCGAGCCGAUCCGGGCCGGACUGAACGUCCCAGGGUUGGAUGGCCUGGAUGGUGGCAGGGUCGGCCUGGGUGAAGGAGCCGCCCAUGAGGGUUUACCACCUCCACCCACCGGCCUGCGACCCCGCCUGAUCUUCCACACCCAGCUGGCUCACGGCAGCCCCACGGGACGCAUUGAGGGCUUCAGCAAUGUGCGUGAGCUUUACGCCAAGAUAGGAGAGGCCUUUGGGAUUCUUCCAACAGAGGUGAUGUUUUGCACACUGAAUACUCACAAAGUGGAUAUGGACAAACUUUUGGGUGGCCAGAUCGGGCUGGAGGACUUUAUAUUCGCUCACGUGAAGGGUCAGAGGAAAGAAGUGGAGGUGUUUAAAGGAGAGGAUGCACUGGGGCUCACCAUCACUGAUAAUGGAGCUGGCUAUGCUUUCAUUAAGAGAAUAAGAGAAGCCAGUAUUAUACAUCAGAUCCAGGUCAUCAACGUGGGCGACAUGAUCGAGUCGAUCAAUGGACAGAUACUCAUCGGCUGUCGCCACUAUGAGGUUGCCAAGAUGCUGAAGGAAUUGCCCAAAGGGAAAACCUUUGUCCUGAAGCUGGUGGAGCCUAUGAAGGCAUUUGACAUGAUCAGUCAGCGGUCAGGAAGCAGGUCAGGCUCUGCACAGUUAGGAACGGGCAAAGGAACCCUGCGCCUGAGAUCUAAAGGACCGGCCACCGUAGAGGAACUGCCGUCAGCAUUUGAAGAAAAGGCUAUUGAGAAAGUGGAUGAUCUGUUGGAGAGCUACAUGGGUAUUAGAGACAGUGAACUUGCUGCCACGAUGGUUGAGCUCGGCAAGGACAAGAAGAACCCGGAUGAGUUUGCUGAAGCUUUGGACGAGACUCUGGGUGAUUUCGCAUUUCCAGAUGAGUUUGUGUUUGAUGUGUGGGGUGCCAUAGGCGAUGCUAAGGUCGGUCGCGUGUAAUUCUAGAAAGGGCUAAAAUGGCAAUUCUAGAAAACACUCCUUUAGGAACACUAUAUGGGAUUUUAUUUUUGUUCUUUUUGGGAGCAUACGCUGGGAUGCUGGAAACACUUGUAUGUAGGCCUCUAACAGAUGUUAUCAAGACACUAUGUUGAAUGCAAGAUUUAAACUUGUAUUCAGGGUUGACUAGGCCUAAUCACUUAUGUGAAAUGUCUUAUUUAGUAGGAUAUCAAGCAAAAGAGACUCAUUGAAUUUGCAAAGUGUUCACUCCAGGGACCAUGUCUCGUAUCCCUGUGAGGUUUCUCUGUUACAUACUGUGACUUUCACUUGCACUGUGUUGCCCGACGCUGUAUAAAUUGCAUGCUAUGGCACGGAUCACAGACCACACGGUGCAGAGAUCGAGGCAAUGCUGGUCUGCACUGGUGUGGAUCUGCCCUGUCCCGUGGCAGUAUUACAGACCAUUCGUCUUAUCAACACUAUAAUGAUUCCAUAAAGCAUGUGCUGUCUUGUUAUGUACUCUUGUCCUCUCUUAUAUUAAGGAUUUCAAGUGGUUUAGACGUUGUUGCAAUGAACUAUUUCUAAAUGACCUCUAGUGCUUUACAUUUCCAGUUCUGUGGCUUAGCUCUUAUUUUAAAAGAGAAA